UGAUCAUCACUGGAGCUACAGAGACACACGAGAGGAACUAUCGCCUUUAACGAGUUUCAAGGAUGAGAAACAUCAGGGCAAGAACUGUGUUGCUGGUGGGAGCUCUUGGUCUACUGGUCCUCCAUCUCUGCAAAGAUUUUAUUGACCACAAAAACAUCCACCUCAACAUAGAUGUGAAAGAGGAGAACAUUCAAGUAAGGCAACCUUCCACAAAGAACUCCUAUGUGUACUCCUGGCCAACAUGUCAAAGAAAUGCGUCUGCUGCCAACAUCACAGGCUUCAGCUCUCUUUCUGGUGAUAUAAAAGACUUUCUCUAUUAUAGACACUGUCGCCAUUUCCCCAUGCUGCUGGACCUUCCUGACAAAUGCGGAGGAGUUGAUAAAUCUGCAGAAGUCUUCCUUCUGCUCGUCAUUAAAAGUUCUCCUGUGAACUACGACCGCCGAGAGGUGCUGCGUAAAACCUGGGCUAAAGAGAGGUUACACAAUGGUGUGUGGAUCCGAAGAAUCUUCAUCACUGGAACGAUGGAUACUGGAUUUGAGAAAGAGAGACUAAACAAACUACUUGAGGUGGAGCAACGAGAGUACAAUGACAUCCUCCAAUGGGACUUUAAUGAAAGAUUCUACAACCUCACCUUGAAGCAGAUACUCUUCCUGGAAUGGAUGGAAAGAAACUGUCCUAACGCUCGCUUCCUGCUAAAUGGUGAUGAUGACGUCUUUGCCAACACAAACAACAUGGUCGUGUAUCUCCAAAGCCUCAAGGACAACGACGGAGGCAAGCACCUCUUUACUGGCCAUCUGAUCUACAACGUGGGGCCCAUUAGAAUGUCAGGGAGCAAGUAUUUUAUCCCAGUUCAGGUACAGGAGUCAGACUCAUAUCCCCCCUACUGCGGCGGUGGGGGCUUCCUCCUGUCUGGCUACACAGCUUUGGUCAUAUACAAUAUGUCCCAGUCCAUUACUAUUCUCCCCAUUGAUGAUGUUUACAUGGGGAUGUGUCUAGCUAAAGCAGGACUAAGUCCUUCUUCUCAUAUGGGUGUAAAGACGGCAGGACUGCACAUUCCCUCCAGCACACUCGAUGGAUACGAUCCUUGCUAUUAUAAAGAAGUUUUACUGGUACACAGAUUCCUUCCAGCUCACUUGUACCUCAUGUGGCACAGAAUAAAUGAUCCCAAUCUGAAAUGUGGUCCCUCCAAGAAAAAGCUUUAGCAGGACCAAACUGUAACUUAAGGUGGUGACAGAGCAUGUUGAUACUUUGAUUCCUGCACCAGCUCUUAGAAUGUGAGUACAGGUAUGCCCUUCACUCCAUCAUGAGAAAAGGGUUGAAGGUGUUUUCUACCACGGUUCAGCUG